CCUUAACUCACAUUCUAUCCACAGCAUUGCUUCAAAGAUUCUUCUUUUCUCGUCCACAGCUCAUCCGGUUCCAUCAAUUCUGAGAUUCGCGGGCUCAGGCGGUAGUCUGAUUGCCCCCAGUCAUACACAAAGUAAACACUUGGCAUGUUGCGUUGUUGCUGAUCAUCAGCCCCUUUCGUCAUUCGCCCGAACUGUAUACCAAGCGAAUCUGCUCCUUGCCUGUGAAGACAAAGCGCUGUGUCCUUUGUCAAGGCCUGCUCGUUCGCUGUGUCCCCUACCCGGGAUUUCGAUGUUAGAUGACGUUAGGCAACGCGCAGAUACUUCCAUUGCAACGAGUGAGGGAAAGCAAUCGUGAUGGACGAUCCGCCAGAUAUCCGCGACCAAGCUUCGGCAACGGCAACUGAAUUCGCCCAACCCAGACCGCGAAGACCAGUAAGAGGAUCUCCUUUGGUGAACGCUGAGAAUGCGUCUGGUCUGGCGCCGCCCGACGCCGGACCUACCAGCGCCUCGGGUGCAUCAAGUGGGACGUCCACCCCCAUUCCACCGGAUGCGCCGCCAUCUGUGCAAGCGACAUCAUCCGCGAGGAAGCAGAUCCGGGCGGAGCGCAAGCAGCACCGCAUCUUUCCGUCCAUCGAGUAUGCGGCUCGCGUCUCACACUUCGACCCGGACAGCGACUAUCGCGAUUUCCGCGGCUUCUUUGUGCUCUUUUGGAUCGGCCUUGCCAUCAUGGUCAUCACCACGAUGCUGCGUAAUUGGAAAGAAACCGGAAGUCUGUUCAACAUCAGCCAGCUGGAUUUGUUCACCGAGAACAUAUGGGAGUUGGCUCUCAGCGACCUGCUGAUGGCGAGCAGCAUCAUGCUGAGCUUGCCAUUGCACAAGUUGUACGCUAACUCGACGGGUAUGUUGCGGUGGAGCAAAGGAGGGAUCGCGGUGCAAAGUUUGUUCCAGGCUGCAUGGUUGUCAUACUGGGUUAGCUGGCCCUUUGUCAGAACGUGGACGUGGACUGCCCAGGUGUUUUUCACGCUGCAUCUCCUCGCUCUAUUUAUGAAGAUGCACUCGUAUGCGUUUUACAACGGCCAUCUGUCAGAGACGAAGCGUCGCCUUAGCGAGCUCGACAGGCCAGCUGGCAAGUCGCGAGCAGCAGCACGUCGGUAUCCCAAUCCACAUAAGCGUCUCUCCGUCAUCCAGGCCGAAAAUCAGAACAGCAAAACCGAAUCAAACGGCAAUGGAGAAGCACUAGGCCGGCUUCGAGAGGAUCUGGCUCGCGAGCUCACCUCGCCCUUAGGACAUGUCACAUAUCCACAGAACCUGACCCUCGUCAACUUCGUCGACUUCCUCUUCUGUCCCACACUUUGCUACGAGCUGGAAUACCCGCGCACCCCUAGACGCCGUUACGACGAGCUUUUCUACAAGACUCUCGCCGUGUUCGGAUGCAUCUUCCUCCUCACCGUAACGAGCGAGGAAUUUAUAAUUCCUGUGCUCAGCGAGGCCUCCGCCCGCAUGCAUGCAAUAGGUCUCGCCGGCUCAUCCGAAAAGCUCAUGGAGCAGCUCCUCAUCUUGGCUGAAACGACGAGCAGAUUGCUCUUCCCCUUCAUGCUGUCCUUCCUCCUGGUCUUCUUGGUCAUCUUCGAGUAUCUCCUCGGCGCUUUCGCCGAGAUCACCUGUUUCGCCGACCGUCAUUUUUACGCCGACUGGUGGAACAGUUGCGACUGGCUUGAGUUUUCGCGGGAGUGGAACAUCCCCGUUCACCACUUCUUCAGGAGGCACGUGUACAGCGCAAGCCGUGGUGCGAACUUGAGCAGGCCUGUUGCAACGCUCAUCACAUUCUUUGUGAGCGCGUUGGCACACGAAUUGGUCAUGGGAUGCAUCACGAAGAAGUUGCGUGGUUACGGAUUCUUUGCAAUGAUGCUCCAGAUGCCCCUCGUAAUGAUGCAGAGGACGAAAUGGAUGAGAGGCAAACCACUGUUGAAUAAUAUUUUGUUCUGGUGCAGCAUGAUUUUGGGCUUGGCCAUGAUGUGUGCGCUAUACGUGCUGGUGUAGAUCCUAGCGACGGCCAGGUUGGAUUUGAACGCAGACAACGUCAUCUUCAUGGUCCUUGGCAGUUGACCAUUAUUUUCCUUCCAGUGUCAAAUGGUAGGAAUCUGAGUGCUUGUUCAUAGUGUAUUUUGAGCUACUUUUCAUCCACGUCCAGCAGCGCAGGUCGUGAAAGAUAGACCAUCAUAAUGUGAAAGAGGGUGUUGUGCCACCUGUCGGAUUACAGCGCCGACUCCGAGCGAGGACCGCAAUGAU